AUGGGGUAUGAUGUAACCCGGUUCCAGGGGGGUGAUGAAGACCUUAUCUGUCCUAUUUGCAGUGGAGUAUUGGAGGAGCCAGUACAGGCACCUCACUGUGAGCAUGCUUUCUGCAAUGCCUGCAUCACCCAGUGGUUCUCUCAGCCGCAGAUGUGUCCAGUGGACCGUAGCGUUGUGACGGUUGCCCACCUGCGCCCAUUACCUCGGAUCAUGCGGAACAUGUUGUCAAAGCUGCAGAUUGCCUGUGACAACGCUGUGUUUGGCUGUAGUGCUGUUGUCCAUCUUGCCAACCUCAUGUCUCACCUCAGUGACUGUGAGCACAACCCGAAGCGGCCUGUGACCUGUGAACAGGGCUGCGGCCUGGAGAUGCCCAAAGAUGAGCUGCCAAACCACAACUGCAUUAAGCACCUGCGCUCCGUGGUACAGCAGCAGCAGACAUGUAUUGCAGAGCUGGAGAAGACAUCAGCUGAACAUAAACACCAGCUGUCAGAGCAGAAGCGAGACAUCCAGCUGUUAAAGGCAUACAUGCGUGCAAUCCGCAGUGUCAACCCCAACCUUCAGAACCUGGAAGAGACGAUUGAAUACAACGAGAUUCUAGAGUGGGUGAACUCCCUGCAGCCAGCCAGAGUGACCCGCUGGGGAGUGAUGAUCUCGACCCCAGAUGGUGUGCUCCAGGCUGUAAUCAAGCGCUCCCUGGUGGAGAGUGGCUGCCCUGCCUCUAUUGUCAAUGAGCUGAUUGAAAAUGCCCAUGAACGUAGCUGGCCCCAGGGUCUGGCCACACUAGAGACAAGACAGAUGAACCGGCGCUACUAUGAGAACUACAUGGCCAAGCGCAUCCCUGGCAAGCAGGCUGUUGUCGUGAUGGCCUGUGAAAAUCAGCAUAUGGGUGAUGACAUGGUGCAGGAGCCAGGGCUUGUCAUGAUAUUUGCGCAUGGCGUGGAGGAGAUAUAGGAGAGCUCAACCAGCUAUGAGGAAGAAAUGGAAAUUGGAAGAGCCCCAUCACUCCAGCAGCUGGGCCUUGCGUCCUCCCCACUAUUCUUAAUGCCUCGGCUUACACUUGAGCCACACAUCUCCCUGCUGUUCUGGCACUGAAG